UGUUCAAGACGGCCACUACAGUUCAAUUGCCUGCUGCCGGCUAUACCCCAGUUCUCCAAUAUUACUUUGACAGCAAAUUCAGAAAUCUUCCUUUAUAAACCCCUUCAUUGGUAGACUCGGUCAUAUCCCAUACGCUACUCAGAUCUUAUUAAACGAAAUUAUAUACUAAUUUACUGUAUUAAUGGCCAAGUUAUCAGAACAGAGUCCAAGGAGCACUGUGACUAAGAGUAAUACUGCUACUAAUACCAAUGGUAUCCAUGGCGUGGUUAAGGUGAAACGUACACGAAAAACUGUUCCCAGGGACUCUCCUCCACAACGUAGCUCAAUCUAUCGCGGUGUCACUAGGCACAGAUGGACAGGGAGAUAUGAAGCACAUUUGUGGGAUAAGAAUUGCUGGAAUGAAUCUCAAAACAAAAAAGGCCGACAAGGCGCUUAUGAUGAUGAAGCAGCAGCCGCACAUGCUUAUGAUCUGGCAGCCCUUAAGUACUGGGGACCAGAAACCAUUCUCAACUUUCCGUUGAUGACCUACCAAACGGAAUUGAAGGAUAUGGAAACUCAAUCCAGAGAAGAAUAUAUAGGAUCUUUGAGAAGGAAAAGCAGUGGAUUUUCUCGAGGAGUUUCGAAAUACAGAGGAGUUGCGAGGCAUCAUCAUAAUGGAAGAUGGGAAGCUCGAAUAGGCAGAGUUUUCGGGAACAAAUAUCUUUAUCUUGGAACUUAUGCUACACAAGAGGAGGCCGCAGUGGCAUACGAUAUGGCAGCCAUCGAGUACCGAGGACUAAAUGCAGUAACAAAUUUCGACCUAAGCCGUUACAUAAAAUGGCUAAGACCCGACGGUAAUAAUUCCACCUCCGCAGCAGCCAACAAUCUGCCAGACCUAAAAGUCGAAACUCCUCACACAUUACCUAACCUAAUUCACCAUGAUCAUGUUAAAACUAAUAUCGUUGAAACAAAAUUCCUCCACCACCAACAACCAACACAGCCAUCAUUAGUCCGUGUCACAGACAACAAUCUGAUGGCCCUCAACACUCCUCCCCCUGCACCAGUUACCGCGACUUCAGCCCUCGGACUCUUGUUACAGUCAUCAAAAUUCAAAGAAAUGAUGGAAAUGACUACAGCAGCAGAGUACUACCCGAUAAAUUCAUCCGAUUCUGAACCUCCCAGAAGCUGCAACUUUCCUGAGGACAUCCAGACAUACUUCGGGUCACAGGACUUAAGUGGCUAUGCUGGUGGAGAUGAUUUUAUAUUUGGUGAUCUCAACUCGAUCAUGCAACCUUUGUUGCAUGCUGGCUCCUCAUCAUCAGGAACAAUAGAUAAUUAUUUUUAGUAAUUAUAAUUACUCAAAUAAUUAUAGUUACUCUAUACAUAUGCAGACGCAUUCAAUAAGGGCUAGCAGCAACAUCUGGAGGAGACUGCGAGGUGUUUUUGCUUGCCGCCAAUUCGUUAAUUAGUUUUUAUUUUUUGUAGAUAUAAAAUAAAGGUGAUCCGAGUAUUGUUCUAUUUUUUCUUCAUCAACUGCGGUAUGGCACGUUGAAGAGAUGUGGUUUGGCAAAGUUAGAUCCGCAACUUCUUUGAGGUGACUAGCUAGCCAGCUAUAUUAGGUCAUGUAGGUAUUUUUGCCAUCUCUUUAAUUUGGGCUGUAUUUUAAAUACUUUAUAUAUAGUUGCCUGAUAUUAUUGAAAAAUAAUGUAUCAGAAAUAUAUAUCA